CUAUGCAAUUAAAAUAAGAUACCAAUGUGUUAAGUAAUAAAAAAAAUACUGAAAAAAGUUAUACCGUAUAUAGAAAUAUAUAUUUUUCAACGAAGAAAUUAUUUAUAGUACGAUAUUAUAACGUACUUUAAAUAUGAAUACUCAAUACACAAAUAUGGUGAUGUCUCAUCGACCACAAAUCGUGAUCACAGAGCAACCUAAACAACGAGGAAUGAGGUUUAGGUAUGAGUGUGAAGGAAGAUCAGCAGGUAGUAUACCUGGAGUCAACACAAAUUCAGACAGAAAAACAUGGCCAACAAUUCAGGUAAUAAACUACACAGGAGAAGUUGUGAUCAGGGUUUCAUUAGUAUCAAAAGAUACACCGCCACGACCUCAUCCACACAGUUUGGUUGGAAAGGAUUGCUCAAAUGGGAUUUGUCAAGUUCGUGUUAAUCCAGAAACUCAAAUGACUGCUUGUUUUUCAAAUCUCGGGAUACAAUGUGUUAAACGUAAAGAAGUAUCAGGGGCAUUACAAGAACGACAAAAACUUGGUGUAGACCCAUUCAACACAUUCAAAGACAGCGACCCACAAGCAGUAGACAUUGAUUUAAACAUUGUUCGACUGUGUUUUGAAGCAUUCAUCAGUCAAGGAAAUCAGCAUUUAGUAUUAGAUCCUGUAUUGUCAAAACCCAUUUUUGAUAAAAAAGCAACUUGCUCAGCGUUGCUGAGAAUCUGCAGAGUAGACAAAAGUUUCGGAAGUUGUAAAGGCGGAGAUGAAGUUUAUUUGUUGUGCGAUAAAGUUCAAAAAGAUGAUAUUUCUAUUUGUUUCUUUGAAGUCGAGACAGGCUGGGAAUCGUACGGUGAAUUCAGUCCUACAGACGUCCACCGGCAGGUUGCAAUCGUUUUUCGUACUCCGCCAUAUAAGAAUCAGCAAAUUCGCGAAGCAACAAAGGUGUUUUUUCAACUCAAACGUUCGUCAGAUGGUGAAACAAGUGAUUCAAAAGAUUUCACAUAUUUACCGUUACAGCAUGAACAACCCCAUAUUAACCGAAAUCAUCCACAGAGAAGAGUUGAUCAGUCACUAAUUCGAACAAACCAAAUUCUGCAAGACCACAUCCAUAGAAAAGCGGAAACACAUUCUCGAGAGCCAUAUCUAUCGGCCAUAGGAGGACCUCAACCAGGUAAACGCGCACGACCCAGUUUUCCCGAUCCACCUUCAAGGAUGAUGCCAGAUGCGUUUCCUGCAGUGCUGGACAAAUUCUUGAAAGAUUCUAAGUACAUGCCUGCACCAUAUCCAUCUAGUAGCCGAUCUAUGUUUUCACCCAGUAGUCCUGCCCCUGUCUACCCGUCAACGGACAAUCGUUACAGCCAUGUCCAAAUGCAGCCGUUAGUGUAUAAUCCCAACACCAUAUUUGGUCAUCCAACAUCAUCUGCCAACCCACAGCAAACCUAUACGCCGCUUGUCGUGCCGCAGCUUGAACCAGCGGUUACCCAAAUGGGACAACCCGAUCCUAACGAAAUGUCAAGACUAAAUACAGGUUUACUAUCAUCACAGAGAAUAAGAGAAGGUCAGAAUGAAUUCAUAAGUCAACCUGAUCUUGGGAUGGGUACUCCAUCUCAGAGAGGAAUUGGGGAAUUUGAAGAAAUUAAUGCCACCAUUGGUUUUGAUUUGGGCAUUGAAUCUUUGGGGAGUUUGAGAGACGUCAGCCUUAAUGUUGAUGAUGAAUUAGGUGCGGAAAUGAAGCAGAUGAGUAUAGAAGAAAAUAUUUCUCUCACUGACUUGGUGAAACCAGAACCAACACAAGACGUGCCUUUUCCUAACCCAAACCCUCCUACAACGACACUUGCUCAAUACCCGCAGCAGGCGCCCCCAAUUUUCGAUAUUCAGGCUCCAUCACCACUACAGUUCCAAGCACCUCCACCCCCUUACCACAGACCCUCUGAACAGAGUCAAGAAAGACCCCAAGUUGUCCACAAUCAAUUGACAUCGGCUUAUGAAAUUGAGCAAAGCAUACCUUCUUUCGACUUGAAUGACCCACAAGGACAGUUUUCAUUGGACGCAUCUCAAAAUGACAUCGAGGACAUGAUGAAGAACAAUCCUAACUAAUAUAAUGCUCGGAAGAACAGUAAUUUCGAUGAUGAUGUUUUCACUCCAGAAGUCAUCCAAUCGAAAAAAAACGAAAUCUGUAGCGAUUUCAAGCCAGGUCACGCUUUGUAAGUGGGUGUAGUUUGCACUUUGCAGUAGUGGAUAGAUGGAAAAUUAAUCAAAAUAUAAAUUUCCAAAUUUUUCAAGAAAAGGUGAUGCUUUAACUUUACAGUAAUUUCUUAAGCAUAGUGGGUGAAGAUGAUCUCGAAAAUGCAUUUUACAUAAUUGGUGCUAAAAAUACAUAACUGUACUUGGUGCUUUCACUAAGUGACAUUCGAUAAGCCAGGAAUACCUUUAUGUGAACUGUAUACUUUAAAUAUUGACUCAGUAGGAAUCAAAAUAAAAAAUUAGGCCCAUUCAGUGUAUCAUACUUGAAUCUGGCUACAAAACUUGCUUUUCAUUAGGAAAAAUAUUUUAUAAAUGUAUUAUGCUUUUACUGAUGGUCAGUAGCGUUCUCAACUGAUGAUAAUAGCAGUGCCUGAAUUUUGAGCUUCAAGACUUGAGCUGUAACAUCUGUUUUAAAAUUAAUGCUAAUGGGCUGAAAUACUCGAUAGUUGCUCAGUUCUGCCUUUUUCAGUAAAUCUUAUCUUAGAAAUGAAUUUAUUUCGAUUUCAUCACUGACCUUAGGGCUGGGCAUUUCGAAUCGGUUUAGAGCGAAAUUUCGAAUUGCCGCUAUCUUGUUUUUUUCCUUUCCGCCAAUGGCCAUAUUUUU